CUACUUCACUUGCCUGGCCUGUAUGUCCAGUUCUCAGGUGCCUCACACAGUAAGAUCCAAGUCCAACCUCCGGCUGGUACCAUAUAAAAGGUGUAGACCGGUCAUGCUUGCUCUCUUUGUCUGGAUCUGGGAACAACCUCCUUGGUGCCUGCUUUGCCUGUUGUCGCUCAAAAUGCCUAAGGAGAAAAUCCACAUCAACAUCGUGGUCAUCGGCCAUGUUGAUUCCGGCAAGUCCACCACCACCGGGCACCUUAUCUACAAGUGCGGCGGCAUCGACAAGAGAGCCAUCGAGAAGUUCGAGAAGGAAGCCGCUGAGAUGGGCAAGGGCUCCUUCAAGUACGCCUGGGUGCUGGACAAACUGAAGGCUGAGCGUGAGCGUGGUAUCACCAUUGACAUCGCUCUGUGGAAGUUUGAGACCACCAAGUACUACGUGACCAUCAUUGAUGCUCCUGGACACAGGGACUUCAUCAAGAACAUGAUCACCGGCACUUCUCAGGCCGACUGCGCCGUGCUGAUCGUCACCGCCGGUGUCGGUGAGUUUGAGGCCGGCAUCUCCAAGAACGGACAGACCCGUGAGCACGCCCUGCUGGCCUACACCCUCGGCGUGAAGCAGCUCAUCGUUGCUGUCAACAAGAUGGACUCCUCUGAGCCCCCCUACAGCCAGAAGCGUUUUGAGGAAAUCACCAAGGAGGUCAGCACCUACAUCAAGAAGAUCGGAUACAACCCCAACGCUGUUGCCUUCGUCCCCAUCUCUGGGUGGCAUGGAGACAACAUGCUGGAGACCAGUGACAAGAUGAGCUGGUUCAAGGGAUGGAAGAUUGAGCGCAAGGAGGGCAACGCCAGUGGAACCACCCUGUUUGAGGCUCUGGAUGCCAUCCUUCCUCCUUCUCGUCCCCUCGACAAGCCCCUUCGUCUGCCUCUGCAGGAUGUCUACAAAAUUGGAGGUAUCGGAACAGUCCCCGUCGGCCGUGUGGAGACUGGUGUGCUGAAGCCCGGCAUGGUGGUCACCUUCGCUCCCCCCAACCUGACCACUGAGGUCAAGUCUGUGGAGAUGCACCACGAGUCUCUGUCCGAGGCUUUGCCAGGCGACAACGUGGGCUUCAACGUGAAGAACGUUUCCGUCAAGGAGAUCCGUCGUGGUAAUGUCGCUGGUGACAGCAAGAACGACCCGCCCAAGGCUGCUGAUAACUUCAACGCUCAGGUCAUCGUCCUGAACCACCCUGGUCAGAUCAACGCAGGCUACGCCCCCGUGCUGGACUGCCACACAGCUCACAUUGCCUGCAAGUUCUCAGAGCUCAUUGAGAAGAUCGACCGCCGUUCUGGCAAGACGCUUGAGGAGAACCCCAAGUUUAUCAAGUCUGGAGACGCCAGCAUUGUCAAAAUGAUUCCCGCCAAGCCCAUGGUGGUGGAGGCCUUCUCUAAUUACCCUCCCCUUGGUCGCUUUGCUGUGCGCGACAUGAAGCAGACGGUAGCUGUGGGCGUCAUCAAGUCUGUGGUGGCCAAGGAUACGGGAAGUGGUAAGGUGACCAAGGCUGCACAGAAGGCACAUAAGAAAUGACAAAAGAUUCCGUCUCCACACCAAAGCACGCCAACCUGCCCUAACAUCCACUUCCUGUUCAAAGAGUGGCUCAUCCCAAUGAAAAGCCACUGGAAAAGCUUCCGCAGGAAAGCAUUUUGAGCGCCUUUUGGCAAUGAAUGCCAUCCUUAUUAUGUGGAAACUAGAAGAAUAAAAUGUGCCGCCUGCCAAAUGAA